AUGUCGCAAUAUCCCGAAUUUCCCGACAAGACCAGAUUUCACAGGCUCAAAGACAGCGUAAUCGUGGUCACCGGCGGCUCCAGCGGUAUAGGUGCGGCUCUAGUGACUGUCGCCUAUCAUCACGGAGCUCACGUCAUCUUCGGUGAUGUCAAUCGCGAUAUGGGUGAAGCGCUCGUGAAGUCUUUGGAGUCUGCAAAAGUCCGGAGUCAGAGCGGAAGUGGUGACUUGGAAUUCCUGCUGUGCAACGUGUGCAGCUACGGUGACAUCUAUGCUCUGUUCCGCCUUGCUUGGGGGAAACAUGGCCGGGUCAACCAUGCCGUCUUUUGUGCUGGUGUUGUCGACAAUCCGAAAGCAUCGUAUUUCGAUCCCGCCUUGACUAUUGAAAGCGUGGGCGAAGAUCAGGGUAACACGCAGGCUUUGGAUGUCAACUUUAUCGCUGCGUGCGCAUUCGCGAGGAUAUCAUUGCCAUUCUUGCGACAAAGCAUUAGCACCAUCACCAAGGAUCGGCAAGGUGGUAGCGAUAGUGUGAACAACGGAUACAGUCUGACUCUUUUGUCUAGUGUCACCGGCUUCCGUGACGCGCCAGGCAUGUUCCUCUACCAGACCUCCAAGCAAGCCAUUUUAGGCCUGAUGCGAGCAAUGAGGACAACAAUAUUUGCACGCGAUGGCGUACGCGUUAACGCUGUGUGCCCUGGAAUGACCGACACGCCCAUGACGGCUGCUAGCGGAAUGAUUACCUUGUUCAAAGAUCGAACUGUCCCGGCCAGGUCAAACCUUCCAUCACAUCAUCAGUCAUCCGUGGCCGUUGCUGAACAAAUUGCGUCCGUAAUGGUUUCAGACUUUCUCAAUGGGAAAAGUAUCUACGUGGAAGAGGCCAAGGCCUGGGAAUUCGAAGACGGAUUGCUCAGGGAGAUGCCUCGGUGGUUAGGCAACGAGCCUACGCAAUGGUCCAACGACAAUUUGACCUUCCUCGCGAAAGCUUUUGGCCAGGGCUAA